CUGCAGGGGCCGGGCUGUGCCCCCGGCAGGCUCCGGGAGGCGGAGCGAGGGGCAGGGUGACCCCGGCGCAUCCCUGCCCACCCCGCUGCCUCCCGGCCCAGCCCUGCGCACCUCGAGCCUCUCCAGCCCGGCCCUGGGAGAAGGAGGCUGCGCGAUGGCCGAGGGGGAGAUCACCACGUUCAGCGCCCUGACCGAGAAGUUCGACCUGCCCGCGGGCAGCUACAAGAAGCCCAAGCUGCUGUACUGCAGCAACGGGGGGCACUUCCUGCGCAUCCUGCCCGACGGCACCGUGGAUGGCACCCGGGACCGCAGCGACGAGCACAUCCAGCUCCAGCUGAGUGCAGAGAGCGUGGGGGUGGUGCACAUCAGGAGCACCCAGUCGGGGCAGUACCUGGCCAUGGACACCAACGGGCUGCUCUACGGCUCGCAGUUACUGGGUGAGGAGUGUCUGUUCCUGGAAAGGCUCGAGGAGAACCAUUACAACACCUACGUCUCCAAAAUGCACGCGGACAAGAACUGGUUUGUGGGGCUGAAGAAGAACGGGAACAGCAAGCUGGGCCCGCGGACUCACUACGGCCAGAAGGCGAUCCUCUUCCUGCCCCUGCCCGUCUCUGCCGACUGACACCCGGCCCUGGAGCUCAGGGACGACCCCAAACCCCAAACCCAACUGCUGCUGCCUCCUGGAGCUCAGCAGAGCUCCGAGCUUUAGGUCAAGGCUUUGCCAAAUCUGCCAAAGCAGAGCCCCUGUGCUCUGCACCAAGCUUUGCAGAGAUGAGGGGACAAAUCAUGGCACCCUCCUGAGGUCCAUGGGGCCCCAUCUCCCCCUGCCCUCAGUUCAUGUGUGCCAUGACCCUCAGCCAUGUGUGCCAUGACCCUCAGCCCUGUGCCCAUGUGUGCCAUGACCCUUGUGUGCCAUGUGUGCCAUGACCCUCAGCUGUGUGUGCCAUGUGUGCCAUCACCACACUGAUGCUCCCAGGGCCUGCCCUGGGCAGGCACCCAGAGAUGUGCCCGAGGGUGAUGCUCGUUCCCAGAGAAGCGCACACUUUGUGUCCCCAGGCAUCCCAAGGCAAAGCCUCCCUGGCUGCUGUGCGUUAAUAUAUUUGUCCAUCCAGGUGUGUAGCUUCUGACAUGCCCUCGAGCAGUUCCAGAUUGCACCAUCAGUGCCAUUUUCCAGGGCCGGCCUGGUAAGUGCCAGCUGGGCAUGCUAAGCUGAGCUAGGCAAAGCUCCAGCCUCAGACCUUCUCUCCCUCACAACAUCAAU